UUCGUUUCAUUGUGAACCAUUUUCGCAAAAAAUUUAGAGUUGCCCAACCUUUCUGCUCUAACGUUUUCAAUUCUUACAAAAACCCUUUGCUCAACGCUCAAUUUUCCUUCGUUGGAAUUCAAUUGAGCCCUUUCAGAAUCUCUUGACCUUUUGCCCUAGCCAGUUUUGAUGGCGUCCAAGAAGAAGCAUUUAGAGGGUAUCGCCUUGUUGUCCAUGUACAACGACGAGGAAGACGAUGAAAUGGAGGACGUGGAAGAAGAAGAAGAAGGUGAUGCUGAGAUGCACAUGGAAGAAGAUGCUCCCAGAGAUGCAAGAUUUGCCGCGGAGGAAGAUACUGCUGAUAGAACAGGGGUGGUCCAUUUCCACAACGAGAACGAAGAGGGAUCGACUCUGGCGGAGAAUACUAGGGUUUCGCCACCGCCGGAGCAACCGAGGAUUGGUCGGAGAGGGGCGCUUACGAUAGUGGAUUAUGGGCAUGACGAGGUGGCAAUGUCACCUGAGCCUGAGGAGGGAGAGAUAUAUGGUACCGGUCGGGUCAUGUAUGGGGAUCAGCUUCAUGUCGCCAAUGGUGAUUUGCAAGACAGAGCACCAUUGGGAUCAGUCCAAGUUUUAACACCUAGCAAUCAAGCUAACACUCAGGUCUCUGAGACACUGAAAUCUGAUACCAUGAACAAAGAUGGUGUGAUCAGAUCAGAUGAUGCAGAAGUUGGAGAAGCAGAUCAAGAUGAGCAAAAAUAUGUAGAUCCAUUGGAUAAAUUUCUUCCUCCCCCACCAAAAGCUAAAUGCUCAGAGGAGCUACAAAGAAAAAUAAAUAAAUUCCUAGAGUAUAAGAAGGCUGGAAAAAGUUUUAAUGCUGAAGUUCGCAACAGGAAGGACUAUAGAAACCCUGACUUCUUACUGCAUGCAGUGAGGUACCAGGAUAUUGAUCAAACAGGGUCUUGCUUCAGUAAAGAUGUAUUUGACCCUCAUGGAUAUGAUUCAAGCGACUUCUAUGAUGAAAUAGAAGCUGAUAUGAGGCGCGAAAGUGAGAGGAAAGAGCAAGAGAAGAAGAAAACACAGAAGGUUGAGUUUAUCUCAGGGGGUGCGCAACCAGGAAUUGUAGCUAGCGCUCCUAGGAUUAGCAUGCCUGUUGCAGGUGCUUCUACUGUGACUGCAAGUGGGUUGCCUUUGGUGCCUCCUACAGCUGACUCUAUUAAUCGGGAUGGUAGACAGAAUAAAAAAUCAAAAUGGGAUAAGGUGGAUGGUGAUCGAAAAAAUUCUCUGCCCUCUACGGGUCUGGAUUCUGUAUCUACUACUGGAGCUCAUGCAGCAAUUUUAACUGCUGCUAAUGCUGGUGGUGGAUACAUGCAAUUUGCGCAACAGAAACGGCGAGAGGCAGAAGAGAAAAGAUCUAGCGAAAGGAGGUUGGACAGAAAAUCGUGAGACAUCCAUUGUAGUCUGUAGUAUGCAACAUCGCUUAUUAGCAGUAACUGAGAUUUUUCUGCAUAACAUUUUUGUCUGUUAAUCAACUUUGGGAAUUAUCUUAGACACUGUAUAUUCUCAAAAUUGAAAAGAAAUUCCCUGCUCCAACUGUGCUUUUAGCCCGGAGUAAUUCUUCCAAAAUCCACUCCAGUACUUGUCCCUUAAUUUCGCUGGUUGAUUAUUGGGCUUCGUUGUUAAUGUCAAUUUUAUUUGGUGGGUUCAUGAAUAUUUUAUUA